AUGUCUGACUCUAUCCCCUCAAUCGUAGCCGCCGAUAUGCCUUCAGUCGUGAGUUCAACUGUCCCCCCGCCCGCAGUCAGCAAAGCCGCCGCACAGAAACCUCAACCUGCACAGCAUCCCAGGAAGAAGAGGAUUGUGAGGAGAAGGGGAAGGGCGCAGAAUGGCAUUGAAAGCGACGAUGAAAUCGAGCGUGAAGUAGCGAGCGACUCCGAAUUUGACGACGACGACGACUCUUCCUCGCUCGACUCCGCCACCGACGACUCUGACACUGAACCAGCGUCAGAGGAUGCACCCUCCCACCUCGAAUCUCCACCUGCAACUGCUGUUGUAGGAGUGGCGGGGGAAACACACAUGAAUGGUGGGGUGGCGCCCUUUUUUGCAUCUACGUCCACUUGGUCCGAAAUGGUUGCUGAAGAGGCUACCAAUGGUACCUCGGGGUUGCCGGUUAUCGACUUUUCAGAAUUCGACACUCCAGCCAAGGUUCCUGCUCGCCGCGCCAAGAAGGCACAGAAACAAAAGAAACAGCAACAGGCGGCUGCUACAGCUUCUGGACCCACAACUGAGCAGCAGGCUGCAGCAGAACAAGAAGACAAGUCCGCUCCUCGACCCACAUCGGCAUCACUUCCGCGCAAGCUAGGUCAGACCGCUCGUCAGGCUUACCAAGAACGACUCGAAUCCGACCCAUCGUACGUGCCCAAGGUUGGAGGAUUCUGGGGUCAUGAUGAUCGCUUGAUGGACAAGGAUCUACGUAGUCUGAGUGGAUGGUGGCGGGGCAAAUGGUCAGGGAGAGGUCGCGGCAGAGGGUUUGGAAUGCGUGGAGCUCGUGGCGACCAGGGUGGUCACGAGGUCAACCCUGAAGACCUUCCUCCUGUCGAACGACCAUGGACUCACGACGGCUUUGAAGAAAUGAAGCGGAAGGAAGAACAGAGGCAACAAGCGAUGGCAUCUCGAGGCAGGGGAGGAUUCAGAGGUGGUCGAGGAGCCUUCUCAGGUCGAGGACGGGGUGGAUUUGGUCGCAACUCGCCAGCAUCCAGUGGUCGUCCCAACUCUCCUGCAACGCAUCAACCCCGGGUGUGGUGGCCACAGAAACCCGAACUUACCUGGUCAAAGCAGUCCGAAGCAUUCCUUUUCUACGAUGGCAGCUACAAACCACGUGCCGGCGGUGGCUUGCGAGUAAAACUCCCUGGCAAGGAGAGCAAGAUCGCCAAAGUCACAAAACCCAUCGACGCUCGGUCACUACUUCCGGUCUCACAACAUUCGGCAAGUACCUCGGAACGGCCCAAAGAGUUCCAAUAUACUGUCCGGCUGCCGAAACCCAAGGAAGAGCAGUCAGAUAGUAAAUCGACCGAUGCUGCGACGACCUCGUCACAAUCACAGCUGACUGAAGCUCAGCCGGUCACUGAAGACACGCAGCCUGCGCCAUGCACUGCUCCUGCGAAACCACUCGAGGAGCCGGUCAACGGCCUCCCCGACCCAUCAGUCGUAGCUCAGCUCGAACAACUUUCCCUUGAGUCCACGGUUCCUGACCCCGAGCGUCUAGCCAAGACAGAAGAAGCUGUCCUUCGUAACGCCGGCUCAGAGGCCACGACUGAACAUCCUGACGGUGUACCUGGAGACCAGCGACCGGUCCUUCCCCCUCUCCAGACCGUCUUCACACCCCCACCUCCGCCGCCACCCCCUGUACCCCAGUCACCUCCCUAUGGAUCACCUUACAUGUACCCUCAGGCCCUUCCCCCUGGUAUCGCCAUCAACCAUCAGGGCAUGCCCUACGAAGUUGCGACUGGCCGGCCUGUCUACCUCCAGCCACCCCCACCCAUGUACAAUCCUCGUCCCAUGCAUUACCCACCACCUGGUGUUUUCAUGCACGGGCCACCUGUUCCGCACCCUCACGCUGUCUCCCCCGACUAUCUUUCCCAGCCUGCUUCCCACACGCCGCCCAUGAACGGCUUCGUCGAUCCCAACACCGGUGCACCCAUCUUCUCGCUGCCGCGCUCGGUGCGCAUUGAGAUCCGUGCACCAGACGAGGCUCGCAACAACGCCAGCGGCGAUAAGACCGCGACUUCUCCACCCGCCAUCAACGGUGUUUUUAAACCCCCUUCACACAACCGCACGCCCUCCAAGCUUCGCACAGGCGCUGUGUCUUUCGAGCCUUCGCGUCCUGAAGCCAACGGUGCUGGGGAGUAUUACUCUUCGUCCUCCGAAGGGAAUGGGCAGCACCCCUCUUCGUAUGAGGCGACGAACGGCGUCGAGAACGGUGCUAGCGACGGUGCACCUCUGCAACAGCACCAGCACCAACCACACAUGGGCAAUAUGAUGCCUUACCCAGCUUAUCAGCCACCUUACUAUUAUCCUGACCACUCAUACGGUCAUGGAUAUCCAGGUUACAUGGAUAUGUCGCAGGUUGGACAGUACGAUCCGUACAACAUGGACCAUCAGCCUCAGCAGGGUACCGUAUAUUAUUAG